UACUACAACUGCAUGAAAUAUAAAUAGAAUUUUAAUGCUUAUAAUGGAAAUCCUUCACAUUAUUCUCUGGAUCUCUACAUUCUUGGCUACCAUCCACGGUUGCUCCAAGAAGAAGCGUCCGUCUCAGCCAAAACCAAAACCUGCACUUAUCAAUGGGAAAAAGCCGGCUCCAGUGGCAGCGAAAAAAGGUAGUGACGGGGAAAAGAAGAGUAAGGAAAAGGAGAUGAAGAGCAAGGAAGAGACAAAAAGUAAGGAGAAAGUAAAGAAACCGCCGAUGGAUUUCUCAGAGGCUCUGAAACACGAGAAAACUUACAACAGAGAUCUGACGGUUGAGGAAGUCAACAAGACUGUCGAACAAAAACCUGAACCACCGAUCGUUCUGAAACCGAAGGGCUCGACGACUACUGCAAAGGAGAAAAGACCAAACUUGGACCCAACAAUCAACACAAUUGAAAACACAGAAGAUGAACUUGUACCAAAAAAGCGUCCCCAAACCGACUCCGAGGAGGAAAGAAGUCUGAUUAGAUUUAUUGAGAAGAUGGAUCCUUUCGGAGCCGAAAAGUAAUUGAAAAAAGAAUUAUUGAAACGUGAAUAAAUAUUUUGAAAAAUGAUA